AAAAAAAAACAUAUUUAAGUUAAUAAAAAAUUAUUUAAUAUUAUGUCAUCACAAGUUUUUUUAAAUAAAACACUAUCCGGAUCGUUCUCAAAUGCAUGGAAUAUUGUUGGGGAGAAUUAUUCCCAUUUUUCUUUACUAGAACGCUUAUGGACAACAUGGUAUACAUAUAUGCAAAAUAAUACCCUUGCUACAGGUAUUAUGUCUUUUGCAAUUCAUGAAAUUGUAUAUUUUGGACGUUGUCUCCCAUGGAUCAUUAUUGAUUUUAUUCCUUAUUUCCGGAGAUGGAAACUACAAGAUCAGAAAAUACCGACAAUUAAAGAACAGUGGAGCUGUACACGAUUAGUUCUUCUUUCUCACUUCACGGUUGAACUUCCACAAAUUUGGCUUUUUCAUCCACUUACUCAAUAUUUCGGCAUGUCUAUUUCUGCACCAUUUCCUAAUUUUUCGAAGAUAUUUUUUCAUGUCCUUCUUUUUUUUAUCAUGGAAGAUACUUUUCAUUAUUGGGCUCAUAGAGCAUUACAUUGGGGCCCCUUAUAUAAACAUAUACAUAAACUCCAUCACAAAUAUUCAGCACCGUUUGGUCUCGCUGCUGAAUAUGCUCAUCCUGCAGAGGUAUUGAUUCUUGGACUUGGAACUAUUGGAAGUCCUAUUCUUUGGUGUUUUCUUACAGGAGACCUUCAUCUUUUUACGGUAUAUGUUUGGAUUACAUUACGACUCUUCCAAGCCAUAGAUGCACAUUCAGGCUACGACUUUCCAUGGAGUUUAAAUAAAUUCAUUCCAUUUUGGAGUGGCGCAGAACAUCAUGAUGCGCAUCAUGAGAUCUUUGUGAACUGCUAUUCUACAAGUUUUCGGUGGUGGGAUCAUUUUAUGGGGACAGAUAAACGUUAUAAAGCACUUCGAAAACGUCAAGCAUUGAAAAAGAAAAAUUUGUGA